AUGCAAUACGUACGAAACCUCAGCGCAUCCGUCUCUUCGACGUGGAACUCCAUAAACCCGGCCACUCUCAGUGGCGCUAUCGAUGUAAUUGUCGUUGAGCAGGAGGAUGGCACCCUUGCGUGUUCGCCCUUCCACGUUCGCUUCGGCAAGUUCUCGCUCCUUCGGCCCUAUGAGAAGAAGGUCGAGUUCAAGGUCAACGGCGUCAAGCAGGACUACUCCAUGAAGCUUGGUGAGGAGGGUGAGGCCUUCUUCGUCUUCGAGACCAGCGACACCAUCCCAAGGGAUCUGCAGACGUCCCCGCUGGUCUCUCCGGCAUCGAGCCCUCCCUUGAAUCCGGAGAACCCUUCCUCGCCUGGCCUCGGUGAGCCAGAGCUACUGGACCUUGACUCUGACUCCACGAAACCUCGUCGUCCGCCUCCCUCAGUCAUCCAUGCCGCAACAUUUGGUCCCCAUGGACUCAACACCCCUCUUUCAACCUCGCCUGACCUCUCCCAUUCACGACUGAGAUCAGAAGAAUGGGUGUCCGCCGCUCAGCGCCCUUACAGCGACGAUGUGCUUCGCAAGUCGGCACGUGCGAGCGAGCGAGCAUACGGUGAAGGCUCCGCCGAUUUUGCCCUGUCCGAGAGGUCGCAGAGCCCCCCUCCGCUUGCACCAAAGGAAGCACUUGAACGGGCGCUCAUGCUCUCCAAAGAGCUUUCGGCCAACAACAUUCCCAGCCACGUCACGGAAAGCGGUGACCUAAUGUUGGACAUGACCGGUUUCAAGAGCAACGAGGAGGACGUUUUCCGCGCCGAGAUUCUUGCACGCAAGAUUCUGUCCGAAGAGCUUGAGGGACCCUAUGAUAUUGGUUCGCUUUUCGGUAUGGACGAGCACGGCAACAUCUGGAUCUAUAGCAGCGAGGAGGCCAAGGAAGCGGCCAAGAAGAAGACGAUGGAGGCGGGUUACCGCCCAAAUCCCGUCAUUGCUGCGGACGCUGCAUCGGACCCUGGAUACCAGAGCGACGGCAGUGACGUGACAACUACUGCGCCCUCCCCAAUCCACAGGAGAACCGAGUCGGACGCCGGAGCUUCUGGCCUGCAAACCCCUCCCAGCACACCUCCCCAGUCGACGGCCGGAAAUCCCAACCUAAACUAUGCCAAGACGCUUCGGCUGACUAGUGAUCAACUGAAGGCGCUGUGUCUAAAGCCUGGAGAAAACACCAUGAGCUUCACUGUCAACAGAGCGACUUGCCAGGCCAACAUGUAUUUGUGGAAGCAUGAGACGCCUGUCGUCAUAUCCGACAUUGACGGUACUAUCACCAAGUCGGAUGCCCUGGGCCACGUUCUCAACAUGAUUGGCCGCGAUUGGACGCAUGCCGGUGUGGCGAAACUCUACAGCGACAUUGUCGCAAACGGAUACAACAUCAUGUAUUUGACCAGUCGAUCAGUGGGGCAGUCCGACACCACGAGGGCAUACUUGGCCGGUAUUCAGCAAGGGCAGUACCGGGUGCCGCGAGGGCCUACAAUUCUGUCUCCAGACAGGACCAUGGCCGCACUCCGCCGUGAGGUGUACCUCAGAAAACCUCAUGUUUUCAAGAUGGCUACCCUCCGCGACAUUCGCCAUUUGUACGGACCGGAUCGAACACCGUUCUACGCCGGGUUCGGAAACCGCCUGACGGAUCAGAUCUCGUACAGGACGGUGGACGUCCCGAGAAACCGCAUCUUCACUAUCAACUCCAACGCUGAGGUCUCCCUUGAUUUGCUCAGCUUGAAUAAGCUCAAGCUGAGCUAUAUCAACAUCAACGAAGUUGUGGACCAUUUCUUUCCACCCGUGAGCACUUUGGUCAAGGGUGGCGGAGAGGAAUACACGGACUUUACGUACUGGAGAGACACCCCACUGGACUUGGACGAAUUCUCUGCGAGCGACACAGAUGACGAUGAUGAGCAGGCUGACCUUGAAGAAGACAUCGAUGACGACGAAGAGAUUGGCGACGAGAUGGGCCAGAGCUACAUCUCGCGAGCCUCGGUCGAUGACUACGGUGAUGAACGCGAGAGCAUUCUCAGUGGGAGCAUUGACGGCGAGGACCAGCUCACAGCCUCCAUCAUGGAGGACGAGGACGCCGAUGACGAAGACGCCGAAGAAGAUGACGAGGACGACGGAGCCGACUUCGAUAUGCGAACCCAACGCGAGCGAACUCCUCAGCCCAGCAGCAAGGAAACAACGUCAUCUGUACCUGCACAGAGGGUGUUCGUUGAAGACGUCGGAGCUGAACUCAUUACCGGGGUAAAUCAUCUCACCCUUGAAAAAGGCGUGCAGAAAUAG